UUGGCUGAUUUUGGCGGUUUCGGUGCCCCAGGCGCAGCAGGAGACGCAGCGGGCGGCGCUGCGGUUCGAUGCGCGCGGUGGGCACGCACGGCGCGGCGCGGGAGAUGGUGGCGGUGGCCGAGCAGGGCGUGCUGGCCGGGCAGAACCGCCUGGACCCCACCUGGCAGGAGCUGCUCAACCACGCCACCGCCAAGGUGAACGAGGCGGAGGAGGAGCGGGCGCGCAGCGAGCGGGAGCACCAGCGCGCCACGCGGCGCUGCCAGGAGGCCGAGGCGCGCGUGCAGGCGCUGCAGAAGGCGCUGCGCCGCGCCAUCCUCAAGAGCAAGCCCUACUUCGAGCUCAAGGCGCAGCUCGGCCACGUCCUCGAGGAGCACAAGUCUCGGGUGACGUCGCUGGAGCUGCUGGUGUCUCAGGCCAAGACGCGCUACUCGGUCGCCCUGCGCAACCUGGAGCAGAUCAGCGAGCAGAUCCACGCGCGACGGCGCCUGCGGCUCCGCGGGGCCCCCGUGGGCGCCGAGAGCGGCCCCGGCGACCCCCCCGGCGACCCCCCCGGCGACCCCCCCGACCCCGGUGACCCCGGUGACCCCCGCGACGCCGGCGACGCGUCCUCGCUGCUGAGCCUGCGCACCAUCGCCUCCGACCUGCAGAAGAGCGACUCGGUGGAGCACCUGGCGGCCUUCGGCGACGCCGCCAGCCUGGACAGCGACCGCGCCCGCGCGCCGGGGCAGCGCCGGCACCGCGGGGGGGCGCUCCGGCACCACCGCAGCGUCAGCCUCUGAGCCCAAAAACAGCCUUCUGAACCCCAAAAACGGCUCCGGCACCACCGCAGCGUCAGCCUGUGAGCCCAAAAACAACCGUCUGAGCCCCAAAAACAACCGUCUGAGCCCCAAAAACAACCCUCUGAACCCCAAAAACGGCUCCGGCACCACCGCAGCGUCAGCCUCUGAGCCCAAAAACCACCGUCUGAACCCCAAAAACGGCUCCGGCACCACCGCAGCGUCAGCCUCUGAGCCCAAAAACCACCGUCUGAACCCCAAAAACGGCUCCGGCACCACCGCAGCGUCAGCCUCUGAGCCCAAAAACCACCGUCUGAACCCCAAAAACGGCUCCGGCACCACCGCAGCGUCAGCCUCUGAGCCCCAAAGCAACCGUCUGAGCCCCAAAAACGGCUCCGGCACCACCACUGUGUCAGUCUAUGAACCCCCAAAAACAACCUUCUGAACCCCAAAGACCCACUCCUGGACCCCCAAACGGCUCCGGCACCACCACAGCAUCAACCUGUUACCCCAAAAAUCACCUUCUGAACCCCAAAAACAGCUCCGGCACCACCGCAGCGUCAGCCUACGAACCCCCAAAACAACCGUCUGAACCCCAAAAACGGCUCCGGCACCACCGCAGGGUCAACCUAUGAACCCCAAAACAGCCUCUGAGCCCCCAAAACAACCGUCUGAACCCCAAAAACGGCUCUGGCACCACCGCAGCGUCAGCCUGUGAGCCCAAAAACAACCGUCUGAACCCCAAAAACAACCGUCUGAACCCCAAAAACAACCGUCUGAACCCCAAAACGACCGUCUGAACCCCAAAAACGGCUCCGGCACCACCGCAGGGUCAACCUAUGAACCCCAAAACAGCCUCUGAGCCCCCAAAACAACCUUCUGAACCCCAAAGACCCACUUCUGAACCCCCAAAAUGGCUCCGGCACCACCGCAGCGUCAGCCUGUGAGCCCAAAAACAACCGUCUGAACCCCAAAACAACCGUCUGAACCCCAAAACAGCCUUCUGAACCCCAAAAACGGCUCCGGCACCACCGCAGCGUCAGCCUGUGAGCCCAAAAACAACCGUCUGAACCCCAAAAACAACCGUCUGAACCCCAAAACAACCGUCUGAACCCCAAAAACGGCUCCGGCACCACCGCAGCGUCAGCCUGUGAGCCCAAAAACAACCGUCUGAACCCCAAAAACAACCGUCUGAACCCCAAAACAACCGUCUGAACCCCAAAAACGGCUCCGGCACCACCGCAGGGUCAACCUAUGAACCCCAAAACAGCCUCUGAGCCCCCAAAACAACCGUCUGAACCCCAAAAAUGGCUCUGGCACCACCGCAGCGUCAGCCUGUGAGCCCAAAAACAACCGUCUGAACCCCAAAAACAACCGUCUGAACCCCAAAACGACCGUCUGAACCCCAAAAACGGCUCCGGCACCACCGCAGGGUCAACCUAUGAACCGCAAAACAGCCUCUGAGCCCCCAAAACAACCGUCUGAACCCCAAAAACAACCGUCUGAACCCCAAAAACGGCUCCGGCACCACCGCAGGGUCAACCUAUGAACCCCAAAACAGCCUCUGAGCCCCAAAACAACCGUCUGAACCCCCAAAACAACCGUCUGAACCCCAAAAACGGCUCCGGCACCACCACAGCGUCAGCCUGUGAGCCCAAAAACAAUCGUCUGAACCCCAAAACAACCCUCUGAACCCCAAAAACAACCGUCUGAACCCCCAAAACAACCGUCUGAACCCCAAAACCACCUUCUGAACCCCAAAAACAACCUUCUGAACCCCCAAAACAACCAUCUGAACCCCAAAGGCCCACUUCUGAACCCCAAAAACAACUGUCUGAACCCCAAAAACAACCGUCUGAACCCCCCAAACAACCGUCUGAACCCCAAAAACAACCGUCUGAACCCCAAAACGGCUCCGGCACCACCGCAGGGUCAGUCUAUGAACCCCCAAAACAACCUUCCGAACCCCAAAGACCCACUUCUGAACCCCAAAACGGCUCCGGCACCACCGCGGCGUCACCUGGACCCCAACCCCACCGUCUGAGCCCCAAAAUCGCCCCCCGGGACCCACGGGGGGGUGUUUAGUGGACAAACUACCGGGGGGGUCCCCAAAAUUGGGGCUUUUUGGGGUGUUUUCCCCAACUCUGGGGGCGGGGCGGGCGCUAAUUGACGCUGUUAAUGAAGCUGCGUCACCGGGACUCCGUCGCCCCCCGUUUCCGGCCAAACGAGCCCGGUUGCGCUAAUUAGGGGGAGGGUGUUAAUUGGGGGGGGGGGGGGGGAGGGGCCGUGAUGAGAACGCGCCGGUUCGAGGCGGCCCCGGAUUUGUACAAAACCACCCGGAAUCGCCCCAAAAACGACGGCCGGGAAUAAAAAUGGCUGGUAUUAGCUAUU